GAUGUGGCGUGGAAAGGAGGGGGCGUUGCACACUACUGUCUCGAUGUACACAGAGACACACACACACACAGCGAGCAUCCCACAUCCUGGUACUUUUCAGCGUUGUCAAGGCAGCCUGAGCACGACUGGCGGAAAGUAGCUGCAGUGUCCUGGCAGAAUAUCUGUGCAAAACCGCCCCCAAAGUGUCCCGGAAAGUUAAGUGCCGCUAAAAGGAUAUCUGCACACCAAUGUGAUGUCGGAGAGCAUAAGAGGUGCUCAGAACCGUGAUGAUGCUGAUAAUGACAGAUAGGAUCCUGGACUGAGGGGCUACCAAGGCCAAUCACUGCUGUUGGAUGAGAACCGAUGGGCUGUCUAACCUGGCAACAGCAUGCCAACUGCAAAAGGUAAAGGUGGCUCAACGUCCCACCGUUACCGGCCGGCCUCGGAGUACGAUGAUGCCACGCUCGCCCUAAAGCGAGAGUACUGGAGAAACAAGAAGCGAGAGCAGCGGGCCCGUCUGUCAGAGGAGAGGGAAAGGCACAAACACAACAACAGCAGCCGGGGAGGAAAGCAGCUAAAUGCCCCUGCGGAAGAGAAUUCCACUCUGGCCCAGUCCUCAGGUGCUUUGUCUUCUCCUUUGCAGAGUAAUGAUAAUUCAUACAAUUCUGUGUCAAAGCACAGAAAUGCUCUGGGGGAUGGGUCAUGUGAAACCACUGAAAGCCAAAAGGAGAAGUGGCUCCAGACAGUAAAACUCAACAAGCGUCUGCCUCAGUUGCCAGUGUCGUGUUCCAUCUCUGCCAGAUCAGCCAGCGGCAGCACAGCCGCAGGUAAACGUCAGACAGCAAGGGACGCAGCGGUCUCCUUACCUGUGUCCAGUGGAACUCAGCUGAACACCGUAUCCUCAGUGCCUCCAGUCAGAGUGACCAGAAUAACCAAUGGCAGCUCCAGUAAAACAGCACCUCAGCCAUGUGUGUCUAUGCAGGGUGCAUCAGUCCCCAGAAACCAACAUAAGGCACAGGUUGUAUUACCCACUCAGCCCAAAGUCUUACCCACAGGUCUCGUUCUCGUGUCCUCUCCAUGCGGCCCCACUUCCACUAAAGCAGAGAGCAAAACAGCCAUCUCACCACCUCAGAGUGGAACAAAGCGUGCCUUGGUCACCACACAGAGGGCUAAAGGUGUUGGCAAUGCACAAGCUUCCCUGGAGUCCGACGAGGAAAGAGCAGCCAAGCGUCGGGAACAGUGGCGGCUCAAAAAGCGAGAGCAGCGAGCAAAGCUUGCAGCUAGGUUAGCUAAAGCCAGAGAGAGGGCACAGGGUGCAGAGAUGACGUUUCAGAGGCUAACGGCACCAAAAACCGGACACGUGGGAAGCAUAGUUCUUCCAUCAGAGUCACUUUUGAGAGGAGCAAGCCAGAAGCAGUGUCAUACACGGGUCAAAACACCAUUUACAUCAGCCAAAAGUGAAAACAAUAAACUGCAAAGUGGGACAGCAACUGUAGUUGUAAGUGCUCUGCAAACAUCUGAUACUCCAUCUGUGAAAAAACCAGUCGACUCUCAGGGAAAGGUUCCAAGUUAUGGUCAUCUUUGCGGUGUUACCCGGGGUAUCGCGAGAUAUAAAACGCCUAGACAAAGGUUCAUCGAAGCACAGAGAAACUUAAUGAACCAUAGAAGUCUAAGGUGUAAAUCCCCAAUGCUGCCCUCAGCUUUUGGUACCAGAAGUAUGCCCAAAAUCAACCCUGACGACACGCCCGAGCAGAUAAUAGCUAAACGGAGAGAGUACUGGCGGAUCAAAAAGCGCGAACAGCGAGCUAAGCUGUCCAUGGAGGUAAAGGUUCGGUUGAAAGAGAGAGAUUCUUUGAUGAGGAGGGUGAAACGUUACCAGAAAAUCCUCGAGGAGAUGAGGAAGACCAGAGUGCUGGCGCAGUCAACCGGAAGUGCCCUCACUCACAGCCCAGAGACCAUCGGAGGAUUCAUCAAAGAGGAUGGGACGCUCACUGCUAACAUCCCUCACAGUUCUGUAGAUCACAGCACAGCAGAGGACAAAAGUCAAGUAGAGCUUUGUGUAGUUUCUACAAACACUCCUUUGGCACAACCACAGUGUCCGCCUGACGCUAAACUGAGCAGUGCUGCUCCCAUCAGGAUAAACACGGCUCCCCCUCCACUUUGUUUAGCUCAGGUGAAAGUCUCUGCUCCUGGACAGCCAGCCAACAAACUGCCGCGACUGCUCGCAGUUAGACCACAGACUCAGCACGAAAGCACAAGUGUUCCUAAUUUGCACUCAUCAACUAUCCAAACUGUGGGUCAGCUCACACUUACUCAUCCACAGAGCCCUCAAAAUUCAGCAGGUUCAAACGUUAGCAGUUGUGUUAUGAAAAUGACCAUCUCGAGCAGAGCGCCGUCGCUGUCGGCCCUGUCUCUGGAUGCGGGGCUGACGGAGGAGGAGAGGAUGGCAAAGAAGAGGGAGUACUGGAGGAUAAAGAAGCGUGAGCAGAGAGCAGCUCGUGCUGUCCGACUGAGACAGGGUGUUUUACAUGCUAGGGCCGGUGCAGCAUUACAAAGGAGGAAGCCUCAGAAGCAGGGGACGCUGAUCACUGUGCCUCAGAGUAGAAAUCUCACCGACACUACAGCAAAUGCACCUCCUCUUUCCAACAACAGCGUGCUUUUUCUGCCUCAUGCAAAUGAAAUGAAACAGGAGAGUGACUCCAUGCCAGCAGCUGACCUAAAUUCUCCAGUAGAACAAGCCAUCUGUCCAGAUAUCAAACCCCCUACUUCCCCACCUCCAGCACCCCAGCUGGAGUCUGACCCAUGUUUGAGCGCAGACAGUCAAACUGCCACUCUGCUAGCCGUGGCCUCCAUGAAGAAGCUCCUGGAAGAAUCUCUCAGCACAGUGACAGAAUGUAAAAGUGAGCAGAACUCUAUUAAAAUGGAGACAAUAGAAGAGGUUUCACAGCAAGACAUGAAGCCAAAUUUAUCUCAGCUGUCUUUUGAAAGGGAUGACACGGCUCCUAUUGCUGCUGACCUCACUUUGCAGAUAAAAAGCUGGGAGCUAGACAGCAAGGUCUCUGCAAAGGCGAGUUUACAAAGCCCUCAACUCAAGAACCCAUCGCAGGUGAGUGAGACAGCUCCACCUCUUCCUGCUUCCAGUGAGGUAGGUGUGCAUCGUACCAGUGAGCACUCAUCCCAGACCCCUGUGAACUACAUGGUAAACACCUCCAUGGAAGCACCACGCAGAACCCAGAGGCUUUGCGCUAAAAAAGCCGGCUAUAAAACCUGCUGCUCUCCAGAGCCACCAAAGCUGCAUCACAUCACAGCCGUGACCCUGGAUAACCUGCAGCCACAGCAGCAACAGCAGGAACAGCAUCAGGCACAAGAACAGAACAACUGCCCCGAACCACCGCGGAGGUACAACAGCGUGGUGACGGAGCAGAGCGGCUUGACCAGCUUGCAGAGGAAGAGGGAGUACUGGAAGCUGAUGAAGAGGCAGCAGAGGGCCAAGUUAAAGGCCAGGCAGAAAGACGGAGAGGGGGAGUGCAGCAGCGGGCUCUUCCCCAGAAGCAUUCAGACCCCGGGGCUUGUUAUUAUCAACAGUCUUAAAGGGGUGAGUCCUCCAGCAAAACGAGCCCUCCAGCCCAAACCACCUGUCCCUCCUCUGGACUCAGUGACCAGCAUCCCUACCGUUCUGGUUGUUAGCCAAACAACAUCUAAUGCUCAACAGUCAGCGUGCACGCUCCAGGUCAGACUGCCUAUCACCAGCAAUGAGUACAGCAGCGUCAAACUUGGCCCUUCACAUGCUGUAUCCAGCUGUGCAGGAGUUUCUGAAUCUCUACAGCUUUCACAAGCAUCUAGAAGCACUGAUGUAGACUCAGCCCCCGCCCUCCCUGCUGUGAAGCCACCACUGUCCAGUACUGACAUGCACCUCGUUGAACCUCUUGUUCAAAGUCUGUUAAAAAUCCCCUCUGCUCACCUUCAGAGUCCCACACACAAGAAACAAUCCUCCAUCCAGCUGGCACCAGUAAGCACCAUGGUUCCUCCAAAGCCCAUCCCAGGGGAAAGUGAGCAGGACUUUCUGAGGAGGAAGCGGGAGUACUGGAGGAUAAAAAAGAAGGAGCAGAGAGCCAGGAAGGCAGUUCGGGACAAGGGAAUCACCCAAAGCUUCAACAGCUGGAAGACUAGGCUGCCUCCCCUGGAUCUACAGACAGAGGAACCUGGUCAGUGGGUGAACUCUUCUGAGGAGUCAGAACAUCUAAUGAGCUCUUCAGUGGACUCGGCAUCCUUUACAUACUCGGAUUACACAGCGCCAAUCGAAGAUGAGUCAGAGCUGCUGUUUGCUGAAAGUGAGGAGGAUUCUGUUUCCGAUGCUGUGUGGAGGAGCCGCUACCUCAUGGACUAUGACCCACUCAACCAGCUGCUGGUGUGCAUGGUGUGUGGGGAACUGCAAUAUUCCCACAGCCUAGAGGGAGUGAAGGCCCACAUUGACGAGGCCCACCCGCACACCCUAACCUUGGAACCCGGCGAGAAAGAGCAAAUACGGGAGGCCUGGGAUGAGCAGGUGUCCCGGCGGGAACGCUUCUUCAGCAGCCAGCUGCAGCAGCACAGCAGACCUGUGGCAGAACCACACAAGAACUGAAGAGCUGGAGAGACGGCUGCAGGAGGAACUGAAGGCCAUGGACCGGGAGGCACAAACCCUCCCUCCUCCUUUCUCUCAUUUAUUGUAUUUUUUUUAUCAGUGUGUUUACCUCUGUAGGAAGACACCUUGGAAAAGAAGGCCCUAAAGCAGCUUUACCUCAUUUCCUGCCAGGGUUGUGUAUGUUUAUCAAAGGCAGUGAGGACAUUUUUAUACUGAAGCUGCCUCAUCCAAGUUUUGCUGUCAGUCCUUCCCUUGUCCUGUUCGUGGUCUCGCUGUGCUCCUUUUUUUCUCUCACCCCCAAUCAGUUGCAGCAAACGGUUGCUCCUGCUUCUCCCAGAACGUUCCUCCUGUUCAAAAGGAGUUCUUCCUCCCCACUCUUGCUGCUCAUGGGGGAUCAUUGCACUUCUCCAUAAUAUUUUUGCUUUUUACAAUACAGCACCUUCAGAUGAGUGUUGGAGUGAAACAUUACUAUAUAAAGGAAACUACAUUUUGGAAAUCUUCACUCUGGGAAGGCUAAGCUAAUGGGAUUCUGGAUCUGUUUAUUAGGCCACUGAGCUUUCUGUUCUUAAUUUAUUGAUCCAAUCACAGACUUGCACAAACAUUUUCUUUGAUCACAUGACCUCUGUGGGCACCAUAAUAAAAUAUAACCUGUGUUUUCCA